CUUCACGAUCGAUGCCUCUGUCUCUCACCCUUCUCUUCGAUGGCGGCGAACGCCGGAGAAGAAAAAGCUUCCACUCAAGUCACCCCUCUCCACCACCUCGUGCGGACAAAUCCAGUGGGAGAAAGCAAGGAUUUCGUUCUUCCUUAACCACCAGCCCAGAGAAUUCGAAUCCCCACGUGUGGACAAUUACAGUCGCCUCACCCCUCUCCAACGGAGAAAAUUCUCGAUCCCCAACCCAGAAAACCCAAUUCCGACGAGCACAGUUCAGUUUGCCGGGAGAUGAAAUGGAAGAGAAACUGCCAUCAACCGCGACCUCCACUUUCGGCAACAACACUAGAUCCGCCGUCGAUGAUAAUCUGACUCCGGCAGAACCACUAGGAUUUGUUCCUCACCCCUCGCUUCAAGCCGACAACCUGCGCUUUGUGGGUUUCAUCGAUGGGCAGGGAAGGGGCAUUUUCAUCGUCCCCAGGCCACAGAUCCACUAGCAUCAGAUCCAGCGGUGGCCGCACCGUUGCCUAUGACCUCGCCUCGUCCAUUUCUAAACCCUAAUCGGAAAAAUGAAACACGCGGAAAGGA